AACCAGCUUUGGCUUUGUGCAAUAAUGGACGGAUUGAAUCACAUGGGUAUGGAUCACUCGAAUCAUGACCAUGCGAACCACAUGAAACAUAUGAAUAUGGACCAUAACAUGGACCACAUUAUGCCCCCUGACCAUGACAUGUCCGUAAAUAGCACAUUUCAGGAAGAUUUGAUUAUGAAUGGCUUUAACAUCAGUGAAGACAGUCCUGAUUACAGAUCAGACUUAAGGGUACAGCAUAGUCUCCACUCAGAUCACAGUAGCCACGGAAGCCACGGCGGCCACUCAGGCCAUGGAGGUCAUGGGGAACAUGCAGGGUCUCAUAGUAUGGCCAUGACUUUCCAUGGCGGGUUCGCGGAAACGAUUCUCUUUUCUUGGUGGAAAGUAACAGACGUAGGAGAAUUUAUUGGAUCAUUCUUUGCAGUAUUCUUAAUGGCCUUGCUUUAUGAAGGACUAAAAUAUUACAGGAAACAUCUUUUGUGGAAAACAUACACGGGACUCCAAUAUUGCGCUGUAGCGCCGCCUGAUAAAGGCGUCACAAAUAUAUGUGCUCCAGAUGAACCGCAAGUUAUACAGCCGGUGCCGCAUGUUCUUGAAAGAAAUGUUCCUACUAUGAUGAGUACCGCCCAUGCGUGGCAGACAGUCCUCCACGGAGUGCAGGUGCUCGUGAGUUACAUGCUGAUGCUGGUAUUCAUGACGUACAACACGUGGUUGUGCGGUGCUGUUGUCCUCGGCUCGGCUACGGGCUACUUCCUCUUCGGCUGGCGUGAAUCCGUCGUAGUAGACUUCACAGAACACUGCCACUGAUACAUGCCUAUGACUUGUGAACCAGACUAGUAUUAUCAUUUUCGUUAUUUUAUUUUUAUUAAUGUAACCUCACUAUUUGAGCUCAAGAUGUUUACAAAUAUCAUGGAGUAUUUUAUCAUGUUUUAAGAGGAAAGCCUUGAUAUAAGUUCUUUGGGCAACAUUUAUACCAGUUACUAUAUACUUUCUAGGAUCAUAUAUCUAUAUACUUAGGUUAUUGUAAAAAAUAUAAAUGCUUUGGACAUGA